AUGAAGCGACUCAGUCGGUUUAUUCAGCGGGUCAAUUCGCGGUCUGGCUCGCGCUCGCCCGCGCCGGCUCCCGCUCAACAUCCGGCCCCUCAACCAGCGGUCGCACCGCAGCCCCAGGCUCCUCCUGCUCAACAACCAAUCGUGAAUAUUGCUUCGACUGGAGCAACUCUGAAUAUUGCGUUACAGAACCAGACUACAUCCAACACGGUUUAUGCGUACAUCACCGGUCAAGCACUAGAUAACAACAAUGCCAUUUUCCUACUUCAAGCUGACGGGAGGACCCCUUAUUAUCCCUCAUCGCCUGCUUCAGUUGGCAGCAGCAUUGGUGCGAACUGUGCUAUCCCGCUAGGAGCCCCCGGAAACACUGUGACUGUGACAAUCCCGCACAUUGCCGGCGGGAGGAUCUGGUUCUCGAUCGAUGCUCCCUUGACGUUCCUCCUCAACCCGGGGCCAGCACUGGUCGAACCGUCGGUCACCAACCCCUCGGACCCAAACAUCAACAUCAACUGGGGAUUUGCGGAAUUCACAUUCAACACCGACCAACUCUACGCCAAUAUCAGCUAUGUUGACUUUGUCGGCCCGCCUGUAGCGCUGACGCUGACGACUCAGGGCGGUGCCACGCAGCAUGUGUCGGGGAUGCCCAGUAACGGCCUCGACCAAGUCUGCAGCGGCCUACAGGCUCAACACGCCGCCGACGGCCAGGGCUGGGACCAACUGAUUGUGACAAACGACGGGCGCAACCUCCGAGCUCUCUCGCCCAACCAGGGCAUGGUGACCCACCCAAACCUGUUCGCUGGCUACUACGACAACUACGUGAACGAAGUCUGGUCUCGGUACUCGACCCAGCCACUGUUGGUCGAUACACAGGCCUCGUAUGGCACUGUGUCGGCUCAAGUGUCCUCAUCGGGCGUCUUGACCGUUGGGGGGUCGCAGUUCAGCAAACCCUCGACGCGUGACAUUUUCAGCUGCUCCACAGGACCAUUCCAGACGGGCGCGAACGCCGAGACAAACGCAAUCAUCCCGCGUCUGGCGGCUGGGUUCAAUCGAUCGACCUUGCUCGUGUCAAACACCCUACCGGCCCCGCAGGACCUGUAUUACAAGGACGCGGUUACCAACCACUACUCACGCAUCGUACACCAAGCCAACCUCGAUGGGAGGGGAUAUGCAUUUCCUUACGACGACGUUCAGCCCUCAGGCGGCCCUGACCAGAGUGGUGAGGUUCAUGCUGGCGAUCCCCUGCUGUUCACCGUGACUGUCGGAGGGGGAAAUGCCAGUGUGAACCCACCGAAGCGGGAGCUCUGA